UUAUUUGAAUGGUCAGCAAGAGUCGCUUCGCUUUGUCUCGGUGCAACCAUGAGUUCCAUGUGGCAACAAGAUGCAUGAUUCAUCCGUUCAAGUCCUACUCUUCCUCUGUAAAACAAUUCCAAAUUCCAAAGACAAAAGGAAAAUGAAGAAUGGGGGUCCCCAUCCAGACAUGUCCAUAAAAAUUUGAUCGCUCAAGAGAGAGAAACUCCAAUGAACUUUCGCCAUUGAAUAACCCAAAAUUCACUCUAUUAUCUGCUUUCUUAUUUGCAUGAAUUCUCUGUAUAUGCUAUCAAAAGAACAGAAAAAGACGUGACCUUUACUAUGAAAGACAAGCUUAUAAGCUCUUCUUUCGAAUUCAUUAUGUUAGUUUCUUGAUUUAAUUAGCUUCCAAUUCACAGGAAAAAGAAGCAUUUAUUCAUCAUUUCGUCUGAUGCAGCUAUUGCUUAUUCCUGAUUCUACCACCUUGAAUUACUGGUUGAAUUGGAGGGUGUUGCUAUGUGCAAUUUCGGUCUUAACCCCUAUGCUUGGAGCUGUAUUCAUUCUUUGGAAACGUGAAGGUUUGGAUCAUUUGAGAUCUUGCAGAGGAAAAAGUCAGCAAGAAAUUAUAUCCAAUUCUUUGUAUGAAGAUAGAGCUUGGAGGCCAUGCCUUGAUCAAAUAGACCCUAUUUGGCUGUUGUUUUAUCGAGUUAUCGCUUUCUCUGUGCUUUUGGCAUCCCUCAUUGCCAAAAUUUCUGUUAAUGGAUUCCUCAUGUUCUUUUACUAUACACAAUGGACUUUUACUUCUGUUACCUUUUAUUUUGGGUUUGGAAUCCUGCUAUCCAUCUGUGGUUGUUACCAGUAUCAUAGAAGGGGCAGGGCUCACUCAGGGAAUGAUGCUGAGCAAGCUUAUCAUGUUCCUCUAUUGUAUGAAGAAAGGACCAAUAUGCAUGCAGAGAGAAAACUCUCAAAUCCCCGAAAAGAAGUUUAUGUUUCCCAAGUAGCAAGUAUCUCAAGUUAUCUGUUUCAAGUUCUAUUCCAGAUGAAUGCUGGAGCAGUGAUGCUCACAGAUUGUGUAUAUUGGGCCAUUAUUUUCCCAUUUCUUACCAUCAAAGAUUACACUAUGAAUUUCAUGACCGUGAAUAUGCAUACACUCAACGUCCUUGUACUCCUUGGUGAUGCAGCUUUGAAUUGCUUGCCAUUUCCUUGGUUUCGGGUUUCUUACUUUAUUCUAUGGACGGGUGCUUUUGUCAUUUUCCAAUGGAUUCUUCAUGCUUGUACAUCGACUUGGUGGCCAUAUCCAUUUCUUGACUUGUCAUCACCAUAUGCUCCGCUAUGGUACUUGCUGGUGGGAUUGAUGCAUUUUCCAUGCUACGGUUUCUUUGUGUUAAUUGUCAAAAUGAAACAUGAGCUGUUGGCGAAUCAGUUCCCUCAGUCUUAUCGAUGCCUAAGAUGAAGAAUGAGUCGGUGUCUUCCUUAAUGAGUAGACCCGAAAUGAAUUUGGGGCUCCAUAUCAAAAUUAUACACAAGAUACCCUGGCUGUAAAAUGGCAGGAUUGGGAUUUUGGUUAGCAAAGAGAAUGGCUGAAAAUACAGAAUGCAGUUUGGAAGGUGGUAGCUCUGAGAUGCUUACACCGUUCUUAUUGUUUCGGUAAAGUCAAGAUUGAUAUGUGUUCAAUGAUGAACCUAACAUUCUUCAUCACUCUGAUAAGAAACAAUGAAGUUAAAUAGGGUAAGGAAUUGUACAGGUGCUAGUACGGUAGUAUUUCAGUGUAGACUUUAAACAAACUCACUUCUCAGAAACAGGUUUCUCAUUUCAAUAUAGUGCCUUGACUAUUUAUCUACUAAUGUAUUGAUUUCUUAUUAUAAAUGGACAGUUAUCACGUGUUA